AUCGUUAUUUCCCCAUCUCUGACAGUUGGUUCUGUUGAUAGGUCAAUCUCGCCCAACAUGCAGGCUGAAAAAAUAAUAUUAAACGUACUCAAUUUAAAUAAUUGAAUACAUUUUAUACAUAGAGAUUACAACAAAAUUAAAUGUUUCGCGCUAUCGCCGAACAGCAGCAGCCGCUCCCAUUCAACAUUCUUGCCAAGCAUCGUCAAAGCGGAUUGAGCGUCAAAGACGAAAAGAAGAAUAAAAGCAAAAAUAACAACAAAAGUAACAGUAACAAUAGAAGCAGCAAUUGGAUAGCUAAACUGGCGCUGCCCACGCCCACUGUCUGUUCACGCCCACAAUGACAGCCGCUCCGCCCGCCGUACACGAUAAUGGCGAACAGCAGCAACAUGCAUUAGUGAAACGCGCCGAGGAUGAGCGCGAGGAUAUAUUCAACCGCUAUGAACUGGGCCUGGAUCCCAACAAUGUGGUGGAUUCAUGGGAGAAUCCCACAUUUGAAAUCUAUCACAUAACCGACAAAUACGGCUUCAUGCACGACUCCCGCCUGCCAUCAUCACGCGACUCACAAGAAGUGCAACGCACAAAGAUUGAGCUGGAGCGCGAUAAAAAAUGGGUGAAGAUGCUCAGCCAUUGGCCGCCGCCGCAGGACAAACUACACAAGCGUGUCUACAAGGGCAUUCCGGAUCGCAUGCGCUGGCCAGCCUGGAAGCAGCUGCUCAACGUGGAUCAAUCGAUGGCGACGAACAAGGGCGUAUAUGCACGCAUGCUACAGCUGGCCAAAGAGCAUGCGACUGAGACGCGACAAAUCGACGCGGACGUCAACCGGCAGUUUCGUGAUAAUCUCGCCUAUCGGGAACGCUACAGUGUGAAGCAAUGCUCUCUCUUCAAUGUGCUGAAUGCGUACAGCAUCUAUAACUCGGAGUUGGGAUAUUGUCAGGGGAUGGCGUGUGUGGCUGGCGUGUUGUUGCUGUAUAUGCAGGAGGAGGAAGCCUUCUGGGCCCUUAAUACUCUCAUUACGGAUCGCAAGUAUGGCAUGCAUGGACUUUUCAUUGAGGGAUUCCCUAAGCUGACGCGCUUCAUUGAGCAUCACGAUCGCAUUUUAUCCAAGAUCAUGCGUAAACUACACAAACACUUUAUCAAACACAAUGUGGACGCACUGCUCUAUGCCAUCAAGUGGUUUUUUGUCGUCUUUGUGGAGCGCGUGCCUUUUAGUCUGAGUUUACGUGUGUGGGAUACUUUUCUGCUAGACGGAGAUCGGGUUAUUUUGGCCAUGGCCGUUACCAUUCUCUAUCUGCACAAGGAUGAACUGUUGCGCCUCAAGGAUAUGGACGGUAUUAUUGAAUAUCUGCAGGUUAAGCUGCAUAAGAACUUCGGCUAUAACGACGACGAUGCCAUUCAGGCGCUGGAACGUGUCAUGAAGAAGCUAAAGGACCUUAAACUCGAUGUGCCGCCACCAGCGAAAUCUAAUGAGUUUCCCACACGUCAGCUGGGCGUGUUCGUUGAAGCGGAUGGCGAGAAGAAAACCGGACGUAGACGAGACUACACCGAUACGGAAAAGCAAGUCUUAACCGAUGUGAUAUCAAGACAAGAACAAAACGCAAUUGAGGUGCAAUCAACUGUAUCAUAUGAGACAUCCGAGUGUGCUACAGGUGACGCGUAUUCAAUGAAAACCUAUCAGAGUAUGACUAGUUUAGCCACAUCACCGGCAAUUAGCAGUAACUCGCUGUAUAGCAAUGGGUUCGUGAUCACUGGCCCCGAAGAUGGCCGCAGCCAAAGCGUUAAUAAUCUCAACUAUAACUCCUGGCAACAAAUGCACCAGCUGGCGCCUGCUGAAUCAAUGCCAAAUGGCCGGGGCAAGAGGCACAGCUACAGCAACGGCAGCGAUAGCGACAGUCGCAAUCGCCUCGAUCUGGACAUGGCGCUGGAGGCGCUUCAAAGUCAGCAGCUGCAUUUGCAUUUGCAGCCCAAUAAUCACCAUCACCCGGCACCAAUAUCGCCUCCAGCUCACAGUGUCCGCCUCAUUGUGCAGAACGGAAAAGGAGACGAUCAACAGCUGAACAAUACAACGAACUUCCACAAGCAGCGUAGUGUGAUUGUUGUUAAUAAUUCAAAUACUGGUAAUAAUUUCAUGGGGGAAGAGAAUGAAGAGAAGCAGGAGCAAGAGCAAGAAGAUGAUGCGCUGAGCGUGGAGAACACGCGUCUUUAGUCUUUAUUUUGUACUGUAUUUAAUUCAUGACUUACCGUUGCUCAAAGUUUAAUUGUUAUGCCAAUUAUUUAGUGAAGGAAAUUUAUGUAAUUAGCUUUAAUUUGGCUAUCAAAAUAGUUGUUCAAAUUUGCCUAGCACAUAAUUUUAUCUAUAUACAUACAUACAUAUAUAUUAUAUAUAACGUUUUGUAUUACGUUGAAAUUUCUCACAACUUUGAUAUUACACAUAUACAAACAUACAUAUACAUACAAAUUAUGAGUUAGUCAUAUUCCACUGAUAAUUCCUAAGAUAAUACUACUACUACUACCAACGACGAUUCCAGCAAUACGUACAACGAUUCCAAUGCACAAGCAAGCAACCAACACUAAUUACCUACGUAUAUAUUUAUUAUUAACACCGCCCCACUUAAUUAUUCCUGAUACAUUUAUGUAGAACCAACAAAAUACUAUACUACUUAAAUUAUGUGUCUCUGCCUACGUUUAAGGCUGCAUUUAUUUAUGAACACAGUUCCGUUUCGUAUUUCUAGCAUUUUGAGAUUGUUAGCAAAGUGAAACUCGGAAUAUGGAUCAGAUAUACUUUUGCUCUAUAUGUAACAUGUACUUUAAAUCCACAACAUCCACACGCACAUACAUAUUUCCACAUUAGUUUAUGUUGAAGCCAAAUUUAAGUUGUCUAGCAAAAGCAUAAUGUAUACAUUAUUAUAUACUUAUAUUAGAUAAAUGCCACACAAGAAAUAAAAAAAUAUAUAUAUGAUUUUGUACUGAAAUUUAUUCUUUGUUAGUUUAUUGUUUCUUCUACAUCAAUCUUUGACACUACUGUGCAUGUUCAGUUUCUAGAAUAAUCGACUGUGUUUUGCAGCUCAUAAUUGAUUAAUGAAAAGUAUACACAUUAUUUUUGCACAAAACUACACGAACAAUACAAUACGAUACAACAAACACUAACAUUCCUAACAAAAUUCUGAAUACGAAAACUAAAUGCAAAUUCUUUUCAAAACGAAACGAAAAUCGCACGCAUUGGCUAAAUGGGAACGGGAUCGAAACAAUUUGGAACAAAUUGGCAUACAUACAAUCUGUGUACACUCGACAACAAUUAAACAAAUUAGUUACGCUUACUGUACCAGAGGAUACGCACUCAAUACGAAGUUCGCUUGCAGGUACCUCAGUUGCCUCGCACGGCUCAUCGGAGACGAUGUCACUGGAGGACAAUAA